AUGGACCCAAAAACUCGGUGCAUUUUCACGAGAUGCUCCAAAUUGUGUGAAUUGGAUGCGAAAAAAUCGCGAUUUUUUAUUUAUGGAUUGUCGAUUGAUGAAAAUGAAAGUGGUUAUGAUUCGAGGUUGAAAUUUAUGUUUGAUGAAGAAGAAAAUGGAUUUUGGCUGGAUUUUGAGUGGUUUACGAAUUCGAAUCAAACUAUUGUAGUUUGUAGUUGGUAAGUUUUCGAAUUUUAUUGGGAUGAAUUCAAAAAUCCAAAUUUUCGCGCCUUGAAACCAAGUGGCCGAACUUCUGGAAAUUCUAGGCCACGUGGUUUCUGAGCGCGAAAAUUUGAAAAUUCAAGUUUUCGUGAAAAAUUCAAAAAAUCCAAAUUUUCGCUUUAAAACCACGUGGCCUAGCUUUUCCGAAUGUUAGGCCACGUCAUUUUUCAAGCGGAAAAAUUUGAAAAUUCAAAUUUUCGUAAAAAAUCAAAAAUCAAAAUUUUCGCGCCUUGAAAACACGUGGCCGAACUUUUCAAAAUCCUAGGUCACCUGGUUUCUAGGCUCAAAAAUUGGAGUUUUUAAAUUUUUUUGAAAAAUUCAAAAAUCAGAAUGUUCCGCCUAGAAACCACGUGGCCAAACUUCUGGAAAUUCUAGGUAACGUGGUUUCUGAGCGCGAAAAUUUGCAAAUUCAAAACUUUAAAAAAAAAAAUUCAAAAAUCCCAAUUUUCAGCUUGAAAUCCGGAAAGAAUACUGUAAUCUGGACAAAACUUGAAACUGGAGAGAAUCAAGAAGUCAGAUUACGAUAUCUCAGAUAUUAUUUGGAAAUUUAUAGAAAACAACUUCAAUUUUUCCGGUUCAAUGUGAGUUUUGAGAGCUCUAGACAUAACGCGAAAUCGAGAGAGUGCAGAGAAAAACAAGAUUUUGUUGUCUGCGCUCUCUCUCAAUUUCCCAUUGUCUCUAAUCAAAAAUGUUCAUUUUUUUCAGUGCUCAGAAAGGUUCGAUUUCACCCUGCGACAUUUGGAUAAUUUGAAAAAAAUCGAAAUUGGCAAAACACCCAAAGAAUGGGAAAACAUUGAAGAUUUACCAUUUUUGGAUGAAAACCAGGUUUGUGUGCUUUUUUUUCAAAAUAAAAAUUUUAGCGGCAAAUAUUGAGGUGACCUAGGUUUUUCAAAAGUUCGGCCACGUGGUUUUUCAGCGCGAUAAUCUGAAAAUUCAACUUUUUUUUUUCUUUUUGGCCGAACUUUUGCAAAACCUAGGCCACCUCAAUUUUUAGCGCCAACAAUUCUGAAUAUUUGAAUUUUCAAUAUUUCCUGCUUGAAAAGUCACGUGGCCUAGAAUCUCCAGAAGUUCGGCCACGUAUUUGAAAAAAAAUUUGAAAACUCCAAUUUUUGAGCCUAUGUAGAAACCACGUGGCCUAGGUUUUUCAAAAGUUCGGCCACGUGGUUUUUCAGCGCGAUAAUCUGAAAAUUCAACUUUUCCUGCUUGAAAACCACGUGGCCGAACUUUUGAAAAUCCUAGGCCACGCAAUUUUUGAAUGUUCAAAAUUUGAACUUUUUUUGCAGCUCUUGAAAAUCGAUUCAAUCAAAUUACCGAAAAUCGGCUUCAGCUCAGAAGAUUUGUUCAAUUUCCAAGGAAAAAAUGGGAGUUUCGAUGAGAUUCUGGAUUUGAAUGAGGCGAAUUGCAAAAAAUAUUUGAAUAAGUUGAAAAAUGGCGAAAUUUGUGUGGAUUUUGUGGAAAUUUCGAAGACGAAUCUGGAUCAUGCGAUUUUUAGUGGGAUUUGUGAAGGUGUUGAUGGAAUUCGGAUCAAUUUUCAAUCAGAAGAUCGGCGAUAUUUGGUGACUUUUGAUCGAGAUUUUGUUCUGAAAAUUGAAAGUUGGUUUUUUUAAAACUAUAGUCUAGUUUAAACUUGAAAAAAAAGUAUUUUUGCAGCCAUCGAAGUGUUCAAAAAAUUGGAUAAAUUCACUUGCUGGCCACAAUUACCACCAGAAAUUCAACAAAUUGUAGCGAAUAAAAUUGAGCUUAAAACUAGAUGGCGAUUCUCACAAUGCUCGAAAAAAUCGGAAAAUCAAGCACUAAGAUCGGAGAAUUAUUUGUAUAAAAUCGAAGUGAACGGAGAAGACGAAACGCCAAAAAUACAAUUCGCAUUCACCGACAAACCUGAGAAUGAUUUUUGGCUGAAAUUCAUCGAGAAAUAUGAGGAUCAGACUAUUGUUUUGUAUAAAAUUUCGAAAAAUGGAGAGGCAAUUGUGAAAUGGACUGAAGUUGUUGAUGGAAAACCUGAAGAUGUUCGAAUUAAAUAUUUGAAUAAUUAUAUUGCAAAAUAUGGAAGAGCUGUUAAAUAUUUUUAUUAUGGGGUUAGUUUUUUUUAUUGAAAAAUCGAUGAAAAUCAAAGAUUUCGUGAUUUUCAGCAUAACAUUUUAGCCAAGAAAGGUUUUUUGAGGGAUUUUUCAGUUUGAAUAACAUUUUCUAGACUGAAAUUUUGUGCUGAAAAUCAUGGAUUCACUGAAAAUCGCUGAAAAUCAAUAUUUCCAGGCUUAUGCAUAUCGUCUUCGCGAUAUCGAUAUUAGCAACUUCCGAAAUCUUGAUAAAAUCGAAAUCGACGAUCAAUGUGGGGGAGAGUAUUUCGAUUGGUUAGGACUUGGGUAUAUUGACUGGAAUACGGUAAGAUUUAUGAGAUGUCUAGAAAAUGUUACCCAAAAAAAAAGUUCCAAAUUUUGUAGAUCACUCAAAAAUCUCUCAAUUUUCAAUGAAACCUUCUUGGCUGAAAUUUUGUGCUGAAAAUCAUGAAAGCCUUGAUUUUCAGCGAUUUUCAGCACAAAAUUUCAGUCAAGAAAAUGUUAUUAUUGACUGAAAUUUUGUGCUGAAAAUCAUAGAUUCACUGAAAAUUGCUGAAAAUCAAGGCUUUCAUGAUUUUCAGCACAAAAUUUCAGUCUAGAAAAGUGAAAAAUCCCUCAAAAAACCUUCUUGGCUGAAAUUUUGUGCUGAAAAUCAUGAAAGCCUUGAUUUUCAGCAAUUUUCAGUAAAUCCAUGAUUUUCAGCACAAAAUUUCAGUCUAGAAAAUGUUACCCAAAAAAAAGUUCCAAAUUUUCAUAGAUCAAUGAAAAAUCCCUCAAAUUUCAAUGAAACCUUUCAUGGCUGAAAUUUUGUGCUGAAAAUCAUGAAAUCCUUGAUUUUCAGCGAUUUUCAGUGAAUCUAUGAUUUUCAGCACAAAAUUUCAGUCUGGAAAAUGUUAUCCAAAAAAUUUUUUCAUAAAUCACUGAAAAAUCCCUCAAAUUUCAAUGAAACCAUUCUUGGCUGAAAUUUUAUGCUGAAAAUCAUGAACACCUUGAUUUUCAGCGAUUUUCAGUGAAUCUAUGAUUUUCAGCACAAAAUUUCAGUCUGGAAAAUGUUAUCAAAAAAAUUUUUUUCAUAAAUCACUGAAAAAUCCCUCAAAUUUCAAUGAAACCAUUCUUGGCUGAAAUUUUAUGCUGAAAAUCAUGAAAGCCUUGUUUUUUAGAUUCGUCGAUGUAAACACAUCCUUCUAUACAAUGAAGCAGUAGUUAAUUUCGAACAAUUAUUGGAAAUGGAUCCAUUAACUGCUGAUAUUGAAUGCAAUGAAUUAUGCAAAGGAAACAAUUUCGAAAUCUAUUUGAUGAAGUUGAAAAACGGAGAAAUUCAGAGGAAUUUGAAAAACAUCAGUUUGAGAGAAACUUUUGACAUGAAAUGUAUAAACUACGAAAAGUUUGGUCCAUUUUUGACAAAAGAAAUCAAUGCAUACAAUCGAAGGCAUAUUUUUCAAGCAAAAAAUAGAAUAAUCGAAGUUUUUCAACAAUUUGAAGAACGUGAAGCACGCUGGUGUAUCAAAUCACCAUAUAUUAGUAUUAAAAUCUACGGAAAUUCGUAA